GAGAAAGUGAAGAUCAAGCAAGAAAGGACCUUUCCAAGGUAGUUGAAGCUAUUGGCACUGAACUCAUGGAAUAUGAAAAGAAUGGUUUACUUAAAAAGAAAGAUUAAGUCCGCAGUGAAAUUUUCUCUCCUUCCCCCGCCUUUCUUUCUCUGUCUCAAAUGUGAAUAAAUAUUUUUCUUUUUUCUUUUUAAUAAACAAAAAAGCAGAUGACGAAUGAAAGAAAGAGAUCACCAAUAGAAAGUGAUGAACCCAGCAAGCGAGUGAAGACGCUUAUGGGACAUGAUCAUAUUAGUAGUAGUAGCAGCAAUAGUAAUAGUAAUAGUAGUAGUCAUCGUAUUAGUAUUAGUAGUAGUCAUAGUAGUCAUAAUAGAGUAAACCAACAAGAAGAAGAGCCCUUUAAUAAUGAUAAUAAUAAUAAUGAAACUACCGGCAACAGUUGUAGUAACCAUGACGAUGCCAAAACACGUAGAGAGACAUCACCACCUCAGAUCAUAGAUACACCAGAGCCUAAUGUAAAUAAGCUCGUCUAUGGGAAAUAUGAAAUCGAUGCUUGGUAUUAUUCACCUUACCCAACUGAAUUUGGAUCAAAGAUUGAUAGACUUUAUGUUUGUGAAUAUUGUUUACGAUACAUGAAUAAAGAGGCACAGUUAGAGAGUCAUAAAGCAAUAUGUAAAGAGAAAAAACCACCAGGAAGAAUGGUUUAUGCAAAUGGAAAGAUUAAAGUAUAUGAAGUGGAUGGACAAGAACACAAGCUUUACUGUCAAAGCUUGUGCCUGUUGGCCAAACUCUUCUUGGAUAACAAGACACUUUAUUAUGAUGUCGAAGGAUUCAAGUUUUAUGUGUUGGCAGAACAAAAUAGUAAAUUUAAAAGCUACGAAGAAUUGAUUGGAUUCUUUUCAAAGGAGAAACUAUCCUACGAUAACUAUAAUCUUGCCUGUAUAAUGACACUACCAUCACACCAAAGAAAGGGAUUUGGGACACUAUUAAUAGAACUAAGCUAUGAAUUAUCAAAGCAUGAAGGAAAAGUAGGCUCACCUGAGAAGCCUCUUUCAUAUUUAGGUGCUCUCGGUUAUCAAUCUUACUGGGCCUCUGCUAUCUUGGCUACACUUUUACAUUUCCGUGGUGAUGUGACUAUUGAACAAAUAUCAAAAGAGACCUGCAUACAUGAACAAGAUGUAAUUGAUACUCUAUCAAGAUUGGAUUUACUAAGAUUUAGAAAGAAGGAUCAAGACAGAGAUCAUAUUUGCAUUACUGAAAAUAUGUUGAAUGAAACGAUCAACACAAGGAAUAUAAAAAUUGCUCGUAAAAUAGACCCGUCAUUGAUCCGUUGGAAAUAA